AUUUACCCAAAAGCCCAAAAUCAAAGAGAACUUCCAGCGCCACCACCUCUUGAUCAACGGUACUUAGCCACCCACGUGGAACGAAAUCACAAUCUUAACCGUUUAUGCCAGAUCUCUCGGUCAGUUUCACGGGCAACUCCAUACCCGUUGGAUCAACAAAUGAAGGGUAGAACAAAUUGACCAAAAAAUCCUCGGGCAGAUCUCAUCGCCUUUAAGAAGUGGCUCAUGCCUCUUUCAUUUCUCACUCAGAUUAGGGUAAUCCAAAUUCCAAACCCUCCACGCUCUCUCUUUUUUUCUUUUUUUUUUUCUAUCUAGAUCCAAAAGUCUUGUCUCCGACGGAGGCGCGUGAGUUUUCCAAUCAGCGCGUAGAGUUCUUAUCUUCGCGUGAUCUUACGUGUUCUUUCUAUUCAUGUACUUUGCAACCUGCAUUGGGAAUUUCAUGUCGGAGAUUCGCCGGAGUCUCACCGGACGGCCUUGAUUUCGCGUUUUUAUGGCAUCCGCCGUCUUAGCCAACCGUAACGAACCAAAUUGGCCGCAACACAGAGGCGGUGGAGCAGGAUUCAUGGGUAAAGUUCCUUACGCUAACCCUAACCCUAAAUAUGGUAACAAUAAGAAAACUCAAUCGCCUUCAGAUGAUGCUUCCUCUAUCAAUCGGCGAUCCAAUGAUUUUGUUUCUAAUUAUUCACAAUACGUAACCUUUAAAAUCGCUUCGUACACGAAGACGGAGCUCAGCGAGCUUAAAAACCGUCUCGUAUCUGAGCUUGAACAAAUUCGUCAGCUCACGAUUCGAAUUGAAUCAGGCGAUUUUAAACCCAAAACAAGCCAUAACGGUGGUGGUCCUCCCAAGAAAUCGGCUAGUAAGAAGGUUUCCGGCAACAAACGACCAUUUCCGGCGGCAAGGGAAAUGAAGAGAUCGCAAUCGGAGAUUGGUGACGCACUGAAGUCUUGUGGUGUGAUUUUGAAUAAGCUGAUGAAAAACAAAAUUGCUUGGAUCUUUAACACUCCUGUAAAUGCUACAGCGUUGGGUCUUCACGAUUACUUUGAUAUAAUUAAGCAUCCUAUGGAUCUAGGUAGUGUGAGGGAAAAACUCGUUAAGAAUGAUUAUGCUACCCCAGCGGAUUUUGCUUCAGAUGUGCGAUUAACGUUCAACAAUGCAUUGACCUACAAUCCUGUGGGUCAUGAAGUUAACACUGCGGCGAUGCAGUUUCUUAAGAAGUUUGAGGAGCUUUAUCGGCCAAUACAUGAGAAAUUCGAUGAACGGGGCUUUGAUGAUGAAUUGCAGGCCAGCUCAUGGAACCACGUUGAACCGGAGAGGGAGAUAGUCCCGGAGAGAGUUCCUGAGAGGGAGAGAGUUUUGGAGAGAGUUCCCGAGAGGGAGAGAGUCAAGAAGAGAGAUAUUCCAAUUCCUAUCCCUCCACCGGUAAAAAGGCCAGAGCCACUGCCCCUGCCUGAGCCUGCUAGUACUUCUAACCAGCCAAGCACGUCAAACCCCCCAUUGGCGCAGUCACCAGUUCACACGCCUUCGCCAAUGCGGGCACCACUGGUGAAGUCCUUGAAGCAGCCCAAGCCAAAAGCAAGGGACCCAAAUAAGAGGGAAAUGAAUGUUGAGGAAAAGCACAAGUUGGGACUUGGGUUGCAGAUUUUGCCACCAGAGAAAAUGGAACAGGUGGUGCAGAUCAUAAGGAAGAGAAAUGGGCAUUUGGAGCAAGAUGGGGAUGAGAUUGAGCUUGAUAUGGAAGCUGUUGACACAGAGACUCUUUGGGAACUUGAUCGUUUGGUUACUAAUUGGAAAAAGAUGGUGAGCAAGAUUAAGCGGCAGGCACUAAUGGAUAAUAAUAAUAAUGAUGUGCCUUCAAACAAAGGCAAUGGGGAAUUGCCUGAUAUUGAGAAAGUUGAAGCAGCUGCACCACCAGCUGAGGUGAAGAAGCAGAAAAAGAUAGAAACUGUGGACGAGGAUGUUGACAUUGGCGAUGAUAUGCCUGUGAACAAUUUCCCCCCUGUGGAGAUUGAGAAAGAUAAAGAUAUGGGUGGUACUGGGGGCCAUGCCAGUAGCAGUUCCGGUAGCUCCAGCAGUUCUGGUAGUGAUUCCUCAUCAUCAAGUGAUUCGGAUUCUGGGAGUUCGUCGGGGAGUGAUUCUGAAGCGGACAAUGGUCACUUGUAGCAGGGCAGGGCUUUUAGAACCAACGGUCUAGACAGAUGCCGGUUAGCGGGUCAAGACAUGUUUGCUUCAUUGUUGUAGUGCUUUAGUGUGUGGGCUAGGUAUAGUGGACAUUGUUUGUUGGUUUCAGUGUGAUAAUGGCUAAUUGGAUUGGGACUAAAAGCACCUGCUCCAGGAUUUGCAUUUUGACAUUGGUGUAUAAAUCUUUCUUUUAACCCUAAAGAGUAGUAGUAGUAGUAGUAGUAGUAAGUAAUAUGUGGUGACAAUUUCUCUAGUAGGAUAGAUGCUUAAGAAAGCAAGCUUAGGAAGAGAAUUAAUAGAAAUUAGUGGUUUUAUGUGAUUACCUUGUACACAUUACAGUAAGUAGAUGAAUCACCCUCCUUUGACUUUGGAGAAGGUAUUUUUUUGAUGAAA